CUAGGUAAUCUGGUGCAGUGUGUGUACACAUAUAUGUAUGAGAUAUAAUACCUCCGAGGGCGUUAGCUCGGUUGAAGGGUUUUCUAAUGUACAAUGAUUUUUAGGGUGGAUUUAAAUGAUAGUUAACAACAUGGAAACUAUAGGAUAAAUCCUGACCUUAUUGAAGGAUAAAACAUGAUAAAGGCUAGUUAUCCAAUUACAUUUAGUGACAUAAUAUGAUGUAAAUUUAAUAUACAUAACGGACCUAUUUCACAACAAAUAGCUUCGAGGCCAUUAUGUUUUUUUUCGGACACGCACGCAUAUAUACUUUUCUACAUUGAGGGCUCUAAGAAACAUGUUCACAUCUAAACAUGCAGUUUGCGUCGAAGUUAUAUAAUAUAUAUAACACGAAGGACUUUUCUGUGAUUGAUUUAAAGGUAAAUUAAAAAAGGAAGAAUUUGUAAAACUGAAAGCGAAAGUAGAAAUGAAUUGAUUACAAGACCACCCUAUUUUAUACCUUCAAUGGCAAAUGCUCUUAUCUCAUUUCAUUGUAUUGAGGCGUAAAAACGUUGACCGACUCUUCCACACUUCAUAAUAAAAAUAUUCGCACGUUUAUCGUUUUUACAACCCUAUACAAUUACAUUAUUAUGCUACAACCGUGAAAUUGCUAUUGAAAUCAAGGCUUUCGUUUAUUUUGUUACGUGCAGUCUUAAAUGUUUCAUUUUAUACAGAAAUUAUUAAAACGGUUAACUUCUGGAAUGCCUCAGCUAAUCAAAAUUACGGAAUCGUAUAAAACUUCUACGUAAUUUAGUUGUUUAGAAAUUAUAAAAUAUACCCCCCCCCCCCUAUACAUAUCUCAUUUUUCAGUGAUCUUUAACGACUAAUUAUGUCAACAGAAGCUAUUGGAUUAUGCAAAUCAUAUUUUGCACAGUACUUGAGAAAUCAAUAGUUAGAUGUGUCUACCAGCUGUACGUUGCAGACAUGCAUUAAAUUGUCACUCUUAUUUCAUACCAGUAUAAUAUGAAGAUGUUGUUUCGAUGGAUCUUUGCUUAUUGUAACUCAUAACAAUACAGAAACAGGUCCGCAAUAAGUGGUGCACACUUUGAGAAUGAUUUAACAACGCUUAAACAUGUAUAUAUGCAGUCUUUUCCUGAUUAUAUCAUUAUGGAAGCUCUCUGAAUCCAGUUUCAGCUUUCAUUGUCCUGUUCAGUCGCACUGGAAACAUAUAGCAGAAAAGAGUUGUGGUUCUGUGGACGGUUACUUCUGCUUGUUUAAUCGAAACGAACAUUAUUUUACUGAAUUUUGUAGAAAACACCCAGAUUUCGAAGCACCAGGACAAAAACUUAUAGUUGCUGGGUCAUCUAAUGGAACACUGCAAGGCGCUGAUUGUAAUGCUGAAUUCUACCAACCUUUCAAAUUCCUGUCCUCUGGAAGCAGUCGAUGUGUUUACGAGAAAUCUUACUGCAGUGGGGAGGGACUAGUCACUUCUAGUAAUGGUACAUUGGAAAAUGAUAGAUCAUGCCGCUGUGAUUAUACCAGAGGAUAUGAUUUUAUAGUUCAACCAAAACAUCGAUGUUAUUGUGUACCAUCCGAGGAAGAUUGUUCCUGUCAUCUUAAGAUAUGUCCAUCUAACUACAUUUUAUCACCAGAUUAUGAGUGUCUUAAUGAGAAUGAGUGGAAACCGAGCUUUUACUGUGAUUCAAUAUCAACGGUCGUGUUGCCCAAAGAGCCGGAAAUACCAUUAUCGACUGACAAUUCAUCGUUGGAGGCUUAUAUACUAGCUAAUAGAAAAGCUGCAUGUGUUGCAGUUCUGGUAGUUUUUAUGCUGAUGUUAUUGUUACCAAUAAUAUUUGUGGUAUUGCCUAUCCUAGAAGACUGUUUAUGCAGAAUGAAACGCAAACGCACAGAGGUUGACGAAAAGAUUGCUUCUCUGAUAGCCAUUGAAAAAUCGAGCUUGGUAAAACAAAUUGAUGCAAUUGAUUCUGAAAAACAGGAGUUAAAGGGCAAAAUAUCCAAACUCGAAGAUGAUAUAGGAAAGGUGCCAUAUCAUGUACUAGAACUGCAAAAGGAAACACUGAUGAAUUGGUCCAAUGAACUUGCUAAUUUUUUUGUAACAAAAGCCGCGCAAUCCGUAUAUCAGCGAAUCCAGACGGAAAAACUAGUUGCUAUUAUAGGACCAACAGGGACGGGUAAAUCAGCGUGUGCCUAUCACAUAGCAUUAAGAUUAAAGAACGAAUAUGGUUAUACAAUUGUUUCUGCAAGGCAGCCAUCAGACAUUACUCAAUAUUAUUUACCUGGUACAAACCAAGUAUUCAUCAUUGAUGAUUUCAUCGGGAAAUAUGUCUUUGAUGUGGCUGAAGCAGUUUCAUGGGAAAAAGAAGGUCCAUUCCUUCAUAAAGUAUUAAGUAACAACGAUCAAACUAAAGUAAUACUAACGUGCAGAAAGUCUAUUUGGCAUCCUGAAAUAUGCGAACGCUUUAAAUUAUCAGCUUUCGUAUGCGAUUUACAUACAAAUGAGUUGAGAUUAACUCUGUCGGAAAAACGGACCAUCUGUGAUGCAUAUCUCGAAAAAAGUGACAUAAAAGCUAUAACUGACGAAAUAUUAAUGAUGUAUCCUUUUCUGCCCUCGUUAUGUUCGAUCUUUUCAUCAAAAGACGUUGGUUCAGUAGAAAACUUUUUUACCUUACCCAUUCAAUUCAUAGAACAGGAAAUAGAUAAUUACAAAAUGAAAUCACCAGAACGUCAUAUUUCUUUAGCAGUGCUUGCUAUUGAACAAAAAUUUACUAAACAAUCAUUUUUUGAUAACAUUGAAAAUGAAGAGUUGAUAAAAAACUUGUUUGGAGAAUCUGGAUCUCAAAUGCAUCCACCAAAAAAACUUAUUAUCAGCCAUCUCGAGGCUUUGACAGACACAUUCGUAAAGGUUAAUAAUGACUGUUUUGAAUUUAUCCAUCAGACCAUGCAAAAUAUAGUUCUUUACUGCAUUGCAAAAACAUUUAUAAUCUCGGUACUAAAGUACUGUAAGAGGGAUGUGUUUAAGAAUCAGAUAAGAUUGGCAUGUAUAAGGGAAGAACAGACCGUUCCUGCUAUAAAAGUUAUAUCGGAACAUGAAGAGGCUUAUUUUACACGUCUUGCAAGAGAACUUAGCGAAGGACAGUAUAGGGAUGUUUUCAAAAAUAAUCAAAAUGCCUUUCCAAUAUUCAGACAGAAAUUUAUAGCCUUUUUGAACAACGAUAGAAAGGGAAAUAAUUGGAAAACGAAUUCAGACGGUUUUACUGUCCUUCAUGUUCUUUCAUCGUUGGGUUAUGGAGAUUAUGUUGCUUUAUUUAUGAAGUUUGACAAAGGAAUGAUUCAUAAGACCGAUGCAAAGGGAAACACACCUUUGCAUUUAGCAUCCAUGAAUGGUCAUCUUAAUAUAGUUAAAUUGCUCGUUGAAAAUGGUCGAAAUGUUCACCUUUUAAACAACGACAGAUUAUCGCCUUUUUUCUAUGCAUGUGAAAAUGAUUUAAUCCCCGUUGUGAAUUAUUUGAUCAACUUGGAGGAUGACUUUGUUAAGAUUAACGAAACAUAUAUGAUGAGAGAACACAAAAGUGUUCUUCACAUAGCCUGUCAGAAAGGUUCUACCGAACUUAUAAAAAUACUGCUGGACCAUGGCGCUACUGUUGACAUACAAGAUAAAGGUGGAUUAACACCGUUACAUUUGACAUGCUUAAAUGGACAGCAUGAUACAGCUUCGUUGUUAUUAAAGGCUGGAGCAAAUGUAAAUAGAUUGGACAAUUUAGGCAUGACGCCUGUUUAUUAUGCAUGUACUGGAAAUUAUAAAAACAUUGUGGAACUUCUUAUUCAAAAUAAGGCAAAUAUAAAUAAAAGCUCAUCAAACGGUUCUACACCUUUGCAUGCGGCAUGUGAGAAAGAAAGUAUUGACAUUGUGGAUAUUUUAUUAAAAAAAGGUUCAAAAGUAGAUGCACAAGAGAAAAGUGGAGAGACGCCUCUUCAUAUAGCAUGUAGAAACGGAAAUGAACAAAUCGUAAAAUUGUUAAUUGACAGCAGUGCUUCGGUUGAUUCGAAAACAAAGGAUAAGAUGAGGCCCUUUCAUGAAGCUUGCAAAAACGGGCAUCUCAAUGUUGUGGAUAUUCUCUUAAAGAAGAAUGUCAAAUACGACAAGAAAAAUAAAGAUGGACGGACAGGGCUUUUUUUCAGUUGUGAAAACGGAUACAAUGAUAUAGUAAAGAUAAUACUAAAUCGUAAGGCUGAUUUAAAUCUUACUGAUAAAGACGGAGUUACUGCUCUUCAUGCCGCUUGUAUAAACAAUCAUCAAGACGUUGUUAACACUUUGCUCGAGAAAAAAGCGAAUGUAAAUUUAGCAGACGUUUGUGGUGAAACUCCUCUUUAUAAAUCAUGCGACUACGGUAAUAUUGAAAUAGUUAAGAUAUUGCUCCUAAAUGGUGCAAAUGUUAAGAUAUGUGGUACCUCUGGACUGUCUCCUGUAGCCAUUGCAAAGAAAAAAGGGUUCAAUAACAUUGUUGUUCUAUUGAAUAAUUAAAAAACUGAUCAAAAUCAAUAAAUAAGAUAACAGUUAAAGAGAUAUAAAACAAUUUGAAUGUGAAUAUACAUUUCAGAUAUCUUAAUAACAUUACGCACUAGGUGUUAAUGCAUAAAUGUCUUUAUUUGACACAAUUUUAUAUUGUUUAUAUUACAUUUGAAAUUUGAUAUAUUCGUUCAGUCAACACAAAAAAAAUAAUUAGGCUUGAUAUUUACAAAUUCAAAAUGUAUGUAACAAAACUAAGUUUUUAUUGGAAUACCAAACAUCCUUUACAUGAUUUGUUUCGUACUCAAUUGUUGUAAUAUUUCUUAUAAAUGAUUGCAUAAUAAAUGAAUCAAAGAAUUA